UCGGCGGAGCACGUGGGCGGCGGCCAUGGCGGGCUCUCCGGAAGCGGCGGAGGAGGCGGAGCAGGGCCCAGAGCCCCCCGCCGGGGCCGCGGUGCGGCGGGGGAAGAGGGUUACCCCGACAGCCGCAGCCCCGCAGCCAGCCAAGCUGAGCCGCGCCGAGCUCUACAAGCCGCCGACCAGCGAGGAGCUGACCCAGCUGAAGGAGACGGAGGAUCUGUUCCACUCCAGCCUGCUCCGCCUGCAGAUUGAAGAGCUUUUGAAAGAGGUGACAUUGAAGGAGACGAAGAAGAAGAGGAUUGAUGUCUUCCUUCAUGAAAUUAACAGCCUGCUGAGCACCAUCCCAAAGACUCCAGAAACUGAA